CGGAGGCAGUGCUGGGAAUUCGUUGCACUUUUAACAGUUGUUGCUGACUCGGCAAAAUCUGGCAGGAGUUGGCGGAAGAGGAGAAGGAAGAACAACAACAUCCAGCUCACAGCUGCAACAGAGACAAGACCACUCCUCCAGCUCGCUCCUUGUUCACCCUUCACCCUGCACACACACACACACGCACGCGCACGCACGACGAUGGGCCAGAAGCAGGCGCGGCCAGGCGGGCCACCCAUACCACCAGCCAUCAAUGGUGGUGGUGAUGGGGAGAAGAAGAAGAAGAAGAAGCCAAGGUCCAGAGGCAUGAUGAUGACAGAAAACAAACACUAUGUGAGCAGCAGCAGCAUCGAUGAGAGCCUGUCGUCACCAGCGGCGUCGACACCGCCCCCACAGUCAACCUCCUCCUCUGCCUCCUCGCCCUCCGUUGAGCUGCCAGCGAUGAACCGGAGCGACCUCACCGUCGUGCGCGAGGUUGGCCAGGGCACGUUUGGGCCCGUGCUGGAGGCGGAGAUCACAGCGCCCCACAAGUACGGUGCACAGACGGCGCUGCUCGUCCUGCAGGAGCGGGAGGAGGACGCAGACGCGUUCCGCCAGCGCGUCGCUUGCGCAGCCAGCACAGCGCAGCCUGCGCUUGUUCGCGUCAUCGGCUGUGCAGUGGCCGCGUCGCCGGGCUUUGCCGCCUUGGAAAAUGUGUUCCGCGGCACCCUGCACCACUUCUUGCGCAUCAGCCGCAGUGACCCAGAUCACGAAGAACAGGCCAGCAUCAGCGUCAACGAGCAGAUCCAAAUCUGCCUCGCCUGCUGCAAGGCCGUCGCAUACCUCCACUCACAAGGGGUCACCGCUGACGAUGUGAGUGCAGCUGCGUUCUUCAUCACCAGCAAACUGCAUGUGAAGCUGUGCAACCUGGGCACGGGGCCUGCCACGUGUCCACAGAACUACGCCGAGUUCAACGGCACGCAAGUGCCACUCCGCUGGCUGGCACCGGAAACACUGCAAACACACACACUCGAACCCGCAUCAAACGUCUGGAUGCUGGGCGUCACCAUGUGGGAGGUGCUGUCGUUUGCGCGGGAGCCGUGGACGGGAACGACAGACGAGGAAGUUGUGGACCUUAUUUCCAGUGGCAGCACACUCGAGCGUCCCGAAGCGUGUCCGGAGCAGGUCUUUGAGGUGAUGACGUCAUGCUGGGCGCCUGGCCCCGCCCACCGGCCUGCCGCAAAACACGUGGCCUCCAUCCUCUCUGCCAUCGACGCGCUCACAUAUGCACACACGUUCGCGUCGUUCUCGAACGGCGUCGUUGGCGCGCCAGACAUCAAGAUGCGCGCAAACGCAGCGUACAGCAGUGGUGUGGUUGCCCCUGGCGACGAGCACGUGAGCGCAAUGACUACUUGCGACGGGGGUGGCGAUACGGGCGAGGGAAUGGCGGGACUGCAGGUCGGGGCAUCUGGGUAUGUGGAUGAUCCGUCCUUGUGCGAGGAUGAUGGCGAUGGAGAGGUGAACAAGGAAGGCCUGACGUCUGGGUACGUGGAUGAUCCAGCACUGCACGCGGAGACGAAGAAGAAGGAAGAGCUGACGUCUGGGUAUGUGGAUGAUCCAGCACUGCACGCGGAGACGAAGAAGAAGAAGGGAGGGCUGACGUCUGGGUAUGUGGAUGAUCCAGCACUGCACGCGGAGACGAAGAAGAAGAAGGGAGGGCUGACGUCUGGGUAUGUGGAUGAUCCAGCACUGCAUGCGGAGACGAAGGAGAAGGAAGGGCUGACGUCUGGGUACGUGGAUGAUCCAGCACUGCAUGCGGAGACGAAGGAGAAGGGAGGGCUGACGUCUGGGUAUGUGGAUGAUCCAGCACUGCACGCGGAGACGAAGAAGAAGGAAGGGCUGACGUCUGGGUAUGUGGAUGAUCCAGCACUGCACGCGGAGACGAAGAAGAAGGAAGGGCUGACGUCUGGGUAUGUGGAUGAUCCAGCACUGCACGCGGAGACGAAGAAGAAGGAAGGGCUGACGUCUGGCAUCACCAGCGCUUGCAGCAGCACACUCGACCGCCGCCCCCAGCACAGGGGCGGGCAGCAGCAGCAGCAGCAGCAGCAGCAGCAGCAAUAUGAAGGAGAUCCACGAAACAUGGCAGAGCCACGCACAGUGAGGUUGCGAAGUGUUUGGCUGAAUGAUGACGACGAUGACGAAGGUGGUGGUGACCAUGGGCGUGAUGGUGCCAUGGGUGCAGAGAGCAGCACAGACCCGCAGCCAACAGCACAAGGGUGCGAUGGUGAUGGAGGUGAUGGUGGCGAUGAUGACAACACGCUGCAAAAGAAGCAGAAGAUUAAGAAGCCGUUCUCGCUUGCGGCAAGCGCAAUACGCAAGCGCUUUGCUCGCACCAGCAAACAGCAGCAGGCCAGUGGCGAGCGGGGCGAAGACGAGGAAGUUCGCGUGGGCACCAAGCCCAGUACACCCGAGCAACAACACCAACAACACUCACAAGGCGAACACGGCGAUGGUUACGUGGACGGCGUGAUUGCACCACCAGCGUCCACACAGACCGCAUCAACAACAGCAGCAACAGCAACAGCAACAGCAACAACAUCUGUGCAAGACCAUCCUGCCCAAACGUCACCAGUGCCACCACUGCAGGCAUCUGAUGACGCUUCACCCUCAAGCGACGGCGAUGGCACGGUCGAGUUCACCACGAACGUGCGCUGCGUUUCCCUCCAGCGCGGGCCAGAUGGCUUUGGCUUCGUGAUCAAAGGCAAUGCGCCAGUGACGGUGACGGCGCUCGAUGAAGGGAGUGCGGCGGAGGUUGCGGGCCUGCACGUGGGCGAUGUGUUUAUUGCGCUCAACGGCGAGCUUGUGUACUUCCUCUCCCAGAAGGAGGUGGUUGCUCGCAUCAAGGCUACAGGCGCAGGCGCCAUCCAGCUCCUCGUCAAGACGCUGACGCCGGAGCAGCUGACGCAGGAGGCUGCUGCCACUCGGGAGGAAAACACGCGCCCGCGAGCAUAUGCAUCUCUGCCGUAUCGUGAGUUUGCACGUGCGAAGCGGGAAGGCAGCACCUUUGAGCUCUUCAAGACAAAGCUCCACAGCGCCCGUGCCCUCUGCUUGUCGCCGCCAACUCCUGCUUACGACUACGAGGUGUGCACUGGGCUUGGGUUGGCGUGGAAGACGUUGAAGAAUAUGACAUUGAAAGGAACACCACGGGACGUGGGGGUGCCGGGACAAGGGCACGCCCCCGCCCAGCCAACACACCUCGCCUUCGGCACCUCCACGACAUCCAACAGGCAGAUCGCGUGUGGUGCGUCCAAGUAG